AUGACCCGUAGCCAGUCGGGAGAUCUACUACCACUAGACCAGGAGCUUGAACGAACCUGCAGAAACUUCAAGCAGGCUCUAAAGGCGCGACUGGCUGCGGAGGAGGCGCUAUCACAGCUGCAGUUAGAGGAGGAAGAAGAAGAGAUGGCUGAACCAGGGAACCAUGCUGUGAUCCCCGAGGAGCAGACCAUGGGCUCCUACUGGACCGCUAGGGCUGCGGACAUGAGGUCACCCAUUCAGCACCCUCAGGUCCCAGCCAACAACUUUGAGGUGAGCACCUCCGUGAUCACCAUGCUGCGCGGUUCAGUAGUGUUCCGUGGUAAGGAGGGAGAGGGCCCUCGAUCACAUCUCAGGCGAUUCCACGAGCUCAUCGAUGGAAUCAAGAUCAAUGGGGUACCAGCAGAUGCCAUCCAGCUGAGGUACUUCCCAUUCACUCUGGAGGGGCAGGCCAAGGAGUGGCUAGACACUCGAUCUCCGGGCUCCAUCACCACGUUCGCCAACCUGGCGGACAAGUUCCUCACCCGCUACCAUCCUCCAUCCAAGACAGCUGACCUGCAUAAGCAAAUUACACAUUUUGCUCAGGAUGAGGAUGAGACCAUCAGGGAUGCAUGGGAGAGGUACAACAGUCUUUUCCUCAGGUGUCCCAAUCAUGGUUUCAACGAUGCGUUCAAGGUGGGCACCUUCUAUCACGCCCUCUUCCCGGAGGACAAGCAGCUGAUCGAUUCGGUUUGUGGCGGGAACAUGCUGACCAAAACCCCGCCACAGCUGAAUCAACUCUUUGAAGAGAUGGCGGAGAAUGGUUAUGAUUGGGGCACUGCCAGGAGAUCGAGGAGAGCACUAGGCCGGGGUGUGCAUGCUGUGGGCACCCAGUCAUCUGAUUUGGUGCAGGUAGUAUCGAAGCUGGUCUCAGCUAUCGAUCGUUCCCGGAUGAUUCCAGGGACCGGACAGCAGCAGGCGAUGCUCUGCCAGUGGUGCGAGAGCACCCAUCAUAUGGUGGAAGACUGCCAGGCGAUGAAGGAAUCGACCACACCCCAGGAGCAGGUGAACUUCAUCAACAAUGUCAGGCGCAAUGAGCCCUACAGCAACACGUACAAUGAGGGGUGGCGCCAGCAUCCUAACUUCUCCUGGGCUGGGCCAAAUCCCAGACCACCAGCUCCACAGGGACCACCGGGCUUCCAGAGGCCACCAUAUCAGCACAGACAGGGGCAAUUCCAGCAGCCAGGUGCAGCCCCUGCUGCCCCAGUGCAGAAUGAUCAGAUGGCUGAACUACGGGACUUGGUGGGUUCUCUUGCCAGUGUUAGUGCUCAGAAAUUCAACACCUUUGAGCAGUUCAUGGAGAAGGCCUCGGGUCAACUCCUGGCUCUGGAAGCUGGUCAGAGGAAUACACAGGCUGUUUUGCAGGAUAUCCAGACCCAGCUGGGGAGCGUGGCCCAGGCAGUGGCUCAAAGGGCUCCUGGUACUCUACCAGGGCAGAACAUCCCUCACCCGCCGAACCCGAAUGAGCGCUGCAAUGCCAUCAUGACCAGGAGUGGCAAGAUGACUGUUGAUCCCCCUGCUCGGGAACCGGAGAAAGAAAGCCCUGUCUUAGCGGCUCCAGCGGUUGAACAGGAAGUAGAGAAGGAAGUUGAGGUGCCUGCACCUAAACCGCAACCAGUAGUGAAGGAGUAUGUCCCUAAACUCCCUUUCCCUACUCGGUUGCACAAAGACAGGCUGGAGGCAGAGUUCGAGAACUUCAUGGCCAUGCUUAAGAAGCUGAAUGUCCAAGUGCCCUUCCUGGAGGCAUUAUCGCAAAUGCCAAAGUAUGCGAAGUUUCUGAAAGAGCUUCUCUCAAAGAAGCAGAAGCUGAGUGAGCUGGCCACGGUAGAGCUCAGCGAGGAAUGCUCGGCUAUUCUGCAAAACAAGCUUCCGCAGAAGAAGAAGGACCCAGGUAGUUUUACUAUCCCGUGCUCUAUUGAUAAAUUGCAUGUAGAGAAGUCCUUGGCGGAUUUAGGUGCUAGUAUCAAUGUUAUUCCAUAUAAAUUGUUCAUGAAACUAGGCCUAGGUGAACCCCGUGCUACUAGGAUGACCCUUCAAUUAGCUGACAGAUCUGUAGUGCAUCCUAGGGGUAUAGUGGAAGACCUUCUGGUUAAGGUUGGCAAAUUCACAUAUCCCGUGGAUUUUGUUAUCUUGGACAUCAGUGAGGACACAGAAGUGCCUCUUAUACUGGGAAGGCCUUUCCUGGCCACCGCCAAGGCUCUCAUAGAUGUGCAUGAUGGAACCUUAGUUUUGAGGGAUGGCGAGGAGCGAAUAACGUUUUCUGUUGCUGAUACUAUACCUGCUUCGUCACCUCUGCAUGCUGUAUCUCACCAGGAGCACGAGUCUGUCGUGUAUCCUUCUGUGCUGCCCAUUUUGCAGGAACCGCCUCCCACACCUUCGCCGCCACUCCGGACCACUCCGUCACCCAAAGAACAGAUCAAGGAGGAGUGGCGGCCGAAACUGCAGGCAGCUAAGCCUGCUCGAAAGAAAGCCGGAGACCACUAUGACCUGGUCCCGCCCCCUCCUUGGCCAUCCGAGUAUUCACUCGCUUGCAUCCUACCGGAUGGCCAAGUCGAGCUGGCGAAUGCAGGUGGCCACAUUCGUCGCGUGCAUGGCCGCCAUUUGAAGCUGUACCUCAAGAGCGAUGUGGAUCCGCUCUUGAAGGCACCUGAUCCUACACUUCCCUGA